GCUUUGUAAGGAUGGGUUGCCAGGAUGACUCGACAUUGUUAACCACCAUCAUCAGCUCUAUCGACGUUCCACCUAUAAUGGUUGUCCACAUAGCCGUGACGAUAGGCCUGGGACUCAAAGAUAUCAUUGCCUCCCCGCAACCUCGUCAAAGUCCCGACAAAAGUGCGAAAACAGAUACCGCUAAUGCGGCAGCAGAUACAACGUACGAGACUACCGAUCACGGCCUGCGUGGGAUCCUUUUCGUGGCUCUCGGUUCCUCCUAUUUGGUCACAAGUGUCUGCACACCUAUCGAGUCGAACCAGCUGGUCCAUGCAAGCGUACCUGUCCGCCUGUUCCUUGCUGUUCUUUCCAUGCUCCGACUGCUAUUCGUUUCAGGGCUCGAGAAAGAGGGGAAACGCGACAUGAUCAUCGUGUGCUUGUACGACGGCUUCGGAGCUUUGGUGACAGGAUGGACUCUGGGCAAUUUCAGUGGCAAGGUGUAGCGAACGUUUCGCGACCUCGAAGCGCGGAGGCAAAUAACUGCACUAGCCAACUCUCCACAUCGUCGGACUAGGUGGGAUUUGAGGACGGGCCGGGCAGCGCAGCUGCAAACCCACGACGGCGCAACCGAGGACUGCUUGAAGCACUCUUCAACUAGACAGGUUC